AUGAGGCUACUAAACGUCAUCACAUUAUUAGCCACUGUUAGCUUAGCAAUGGUGGAUGGAGACGGUGAGGGCACCAGCGCUAUUGGACCUGAUGGAGAGCCCAUGGACGAGAGCAGCCAGACGAGUGAGCUGCCGGUCAAAGUCAUUCAAACGGAGACCGGGAAAGUUUUGCAGGGAACUGAUGCUCCCAAAUCCGGCCAGCUGGAGGCCUGGCUCGAGAUGAACCCUGGGUAUGAGGUGGCCCCGCGGUCGGACAGUGAGGAGAGCAGCUCAGAGUUUGAGGAGGAGGAUGAAGAGGAGGGGGCCAAAGCUGAAAGAAAAGAAGAAAUUGAAGAAAGGAAGAUAAUCGAUCCUAGUGGAAUUGAGGAGUUUGUCGCUGAUCCCACGGAUAUUAUUCUGUCGGCCAUUCAGGUGGACGAUGAGUACAGUGUUCCUACCGGACAAACCAGCACCGCGUCUUACUACGGUGCCGCCCACGCUGUCAUUGAGAGGGUGGAGAAGCAGUCAACGCUGCUGAUCAACGGCACACUCAAACAUUACCAGGUACACACACACACACACAUACACACACACACACACACACACACACAUAUUUUGGCGUGCAACGAUUAUUAA